CUGUUCCGGAGCGUUUGCGGUUCGGGAAUUGCGGGUUCUGUCCUCGCUGUGAGGAGCUGAGGGACGAGGAGAGGCGCCCGCCGUGCUGGAGUUCCUGUGACACUGACACACCUCCGAGGGGACAAUGUCCAACGUGCCGGUGGCUGUGGUGACAGGCUCCAACAAAGGGAUUGGCCUGGCCAUCGUUCGAGCCCUGUGCAAACAAUUCCCGGGGGAUGUGUACCUGACAUCCCGGGACCCCCAGCGAGGCCAGGCUGCCGUGGCACAGCUCCAGCAGGAGGGGCUGAGGCCACUUUUCCACCAGCUGGACAUCGAUGACCUGCAGAGCAUCCGAGCGCUCCGGGACUUCCUGCAGGACAAGUAUGGAGGGCUCAACGUGCUGGUGAACAACGCUGGCAUUGCUUUCAAAGUUAAUGACACUGCUCCAUUUGCUGUCCAAGCUGAGGUAACACUGAAGACAAACUUUUUUGGAACCAGGAAUGUUUGCACAGAAUUGCUGCCCCUUAUGAAGCCUUAUGGCAGGGUGGUGAAUGUCUCCAGCAUGGUGAGUGCCUCAGCCCUGGGGCGCUGCAGCCAGCAGCUGCAGCAGAAAUUCCGCAGCGACACCAUCACUGAGCAGGAGCUGGUGCAGCUCAUGACCAAAUUCGUGGAGGAUGCCAAGAAAAAUGUCCAUGAGAAAGAGGGUUGGCCAAACACUGCCUAUGGGGUGUCCAAAAUCGGGGUGACUGUCCUGUCCAGGAUCCAAGCCCGGCUGUUAAAUGAGCAGAGGAAAGGUGACCACAUCCUGCUCAACGCCUGCUGCCCUGGCUGGGUCAGGACAGACAUGGCAGGGCCCAAAGCCACCAAGUCCCCAGAGGAGGGGGCUGAGACCCCUGUGUAUUUGGCCCUUUUGCCUUCCAGUGCUGAUGCUCCUCAUGGCCAGUUUGUCAGUGAAAAAACUGUCCAGUCCUGGUGAGCUCAGGGAGGGGGACAUGGAGCUCCUUUUCCUGAUUUCACUCUAACCCCAUCAGUGCCAGCCUUUCCCCUCUCCCCUGGGAUGGAUCUCAGACAUGGAGCUAGGAUGAGGAAGCAGGUGCCUUAUCUCUCAUCACAGUAGAAUUUUCCAGGAUCCAGAGCUGUUCUGGAGGCUUUCUGAAGAGAAUGGAAUUAUUUUAGAGCUGCUGUGAUCAGUCUGGGGGGAGACUCAAGGCCAGAAUCACUGUUGGAAAGACAUUCCUUACUGUCAGAACUAAAUGGAAUUAGGUGAAAAUAAAAAUAGCACUGAUCCACCUUUUAUAGCCAAACAUAAUGAGAUGGUGUUAAUAAUAUAUUAAUAGAUAAUUACUGAUUUAUAUUCUGGUAUUAAAAAAUUAUAUAGUUGGCAAAUAUAUUUUCAUUUUCUGCAGCUGCAUUUGUGGCUGGGGUUUGUGAUGUCUGAACUGGAUACAGAGAAAAUAAACUACACACCUGGCACAGCAAAGUGUUCCUCAGUUCCUUUAUUGCACUGCCAGAAGUUUCCUUAAUAAAAUGUGAAUUAAGUGCAUCACAGCACACAUUACAGCAAUCAGAACUAAAUGGAAUUAGGUAAAAAUAAAAAUAGCACUGAUUCACCGUUUAUAGCCAAACAUAAUCAGUUUGUGUUAUUACUAUAUCAAUAAAUAAUUACUGAUUUAUAUUCUGGUAUUAAAAAGUUAUAUAGUUGGCAAAUAUAUUUUCAAUUUCUGCAGCUACAUUUGUGGCUGGGGUUUGUGAUGUCUGCAGUGGCUACAGAGAAAAUAAACUACACACCUGACACAGCAAA